CGCAGGGCGAGGCGCGGGGCCCCCCCGGGGGCAGGAUGGCGGCGCCCUGGCGCUGGGUGAUCCCCGUGACAUCACAAUGGUGGCAGGCCCGAGCGCCGCCGGGCUGGGCACGGAGGGGAGGCGGCGGGGCUGACUCAUGGGUUCGCGGCGGCGGCGGCGGCUCCUCCCUGCCCAGCCCCUCUCCAGCCCCUGCCCAUGGGCCGCUGCCCCGGCGCUCCGCGGCUAGCGGGGGUGGAGUCGCCGGUGCCCCCUCCCCGCCUCCCGCACUGGCCCGGGCGAGGCUGCGGCUCUGCCCGCACUGCACGUGGGCCAUGGAGGAGAAGGUCUCGGCCGCCGCCGGGCUGCACGGCCGCCGGGGCUACCCGGCCGUGCGCUGCCUGGGCAUCGCCGUGGAUGAAAACAACGUCCGGCCGGGCGCGCUGCAGCUGAUCCGGGAGCUGAGACCGCAGUGGGAGACGGAGCGAGUGAAAACCAAGCUCUUCACCGACGGCAUCACCAACAAGCUCAUGGCCUGCUAUAUGGACGAGGGGAUGGCAGACGCGGUCCUGGUGCGGGUCUACGGCAGGAAGACGGAGCUCUUUGUGGACCGGGAAAAUGAGCUGAAGAAUUUCCAGGUGCUGCGAGCCCACGGCUGCGCCCCCAACCUCUACUGCACCUUCCAAAACGGCUUGUGUUACGAGUUCAUGCAGGGGACAGCGCUGGGACCUGAGCAUGUGCAGCAGCCACAGAUCUUCAGGUUGAUAGCCUGGGAAAUGGCCAAAAUGCACGCAAUUCACGCCAACGGGAGCCUCCCCAAGCCCAGCCUGUGGCACAAGCUACACAAGUACCUUACCAUCGUGAAAACAGAGGUUAUCACCAAGGCAUCCAUCCUCAGGUUCCGUCAGGAAGUGCCCAGUCUGGAGGUGCUAGAACAAGAGGUUGCCUGGCUGAAGGAAUAUCUCUCCCAGCUGGGCUCACCCAUCGUACUGUGCCAUAACGACCUGCUGUGCAAAAACAUUAUCUACAACGAGACCGAAGAGCACGUGCGGUUCAUAGACUACGAAUACGCCGGUUACAAUUACCAGGCUUUCGACAUUGGGAACCACUUUAAUGAAUUUGCAGGGGUGAACGAGGUGGAUUACAGCCUAUAUCCCAGCAGAGACACUCAGCUGCAGUGGCUGAGGCACUACCUGCAAGCCUACAAGCAACUGAGCCGGGAGAACCAGGGAAACGGAGGGGGAGUCGUCUCUGACAAGGAGCUGGAGACCCUCUACGUGCAAGCGAACCAGUUUGCUUUAGCCUCUCAUUUCCUUUGGGCAUGCUGGGCCCUGAUCCAGGAUAAAUAUUCCACCAUAGACUUUAACUUCUUCAGGUAUGCAAGGCUAAGAUUUAAACAGUACUUCAAGGCAAAGUCUGUGGUGACAGCUCUGGAGAUGCCAAAAUGACGUCUCAAGGCUGCUUCAGGUCCACAAGAUUCCCAGCAAUUUUCUCCUGCACAGGUCGGCUGCUGCCAUGACCUCAGUCGGCCACCGGCUAGUGGAGGGGGCAGAUAGUCUGGAGGGAGAGGGGGAAGGGGAAGGAAGACUUUCCGGGAAGCCAAAGAUUAAACGAAGCCCCUGGAGCACAGUUAUCCCAUCUCUGGAUUUAGCCCCAUCGUUGGUUUUGCUGAUGGUGCUGUUCCGGGGGAUGAUGACAGGACUUGGCUGCUGGCAAGACACUUGGUUCCAAGACUGGAGCAUGAGACAUUCAGGAAGGCCAUGAGCUCAGCUGGACUUAAAGAUUUCGGGACUGCCUUGCAGAUUAGUAUCACCUUAAGAUUGGAGCUGUGUUCCUUGGGCCGGGCGACCCGGCAGGUACGUGCUUUACCGAAACAAACCGUGCUGCUGUUUGGUGUCACAUCCUCCACAGGGGAUGGGGAAUUCUGCUUGGUCAAUCCUGUCUCAAGUGGGGAUGGGGCUGACUCUGUGCCCCUCACCCACACAGCCCCCUUGUGCCCCACACUGCGAGGGGCUGGCUCUAGACCCCUCCCCCUUUAUUUCUGAAUGCACACUUAGGGCUUACACAAGGCGACCUGCACAGGGGCUGCGGUCAGAGGGUCUGGCGAACCUGCCGCUAGGCCCUGCCAUGGGCUAACCCAAGGCACAUGGGAGAAGAAGGGGGACCUUCCUUUUGUCCCAAGCCUUAAUGAUAGAGGUUACAGCAGCUGGCAGUGACCCCUCCACCCCCACCCCUCAGCGUUGUGUUUGCCUAAGCAUCUCAAGGAGGAGGUGAAGAUCCCCUGACUGUGAAGAAUGGUCCUGCUGCCAAAAAUAAACUUCUCUUCCCAAAUAGGGCUGCUCACCUGGUGCCUUGUCCCACAGCUGGGUGUCCUGGAGACAUGGCCGACGUACCUCUUCCCUCCCCCUCCCCCACCCGGCACUCUCUUCGGGCAGUGAGGAGAGCACGUAACUCGCUACAAAGCACAGCUGGCCCCAAGCUGCUAAGUUUAGAUGUGAACUUUCCCUGAAUUUGGGGAGAAAGGGAGCACGUUCGGAACUGGCGUUUGCUUAGCUCAGUAGAACCAGAUCCCCGAAUCUGGCCUGGGAUCUCCCUUGAGCCCUACCCAGGGCGUGGUGUGUUUGGGGUGGGGUGCGCUGUGCAGUCAGCUUCCACUGGACCCCCA